AUGGCACCUCCCAAGCCUGCUCAAGACUUUCUGGAUUUCGUGAACGCCUCCCCAACUCCCUACCAUGCCGUCGCCUCUUCCGUGAAACUUUUCGAAGCGGCGGGCUUCAAAGGCAUCAAGGAGAGGGACAACUGGUCCUCGGACUUGCAGCCCGGUGGCAAGUACUAUCUCACCCGCAAUGGUUCUUCCAUUGUCGCCUUCGCCAUCGGCAAGAAAUGGGCUCCCGGGAGCUCCAUUGCAAUGAUUGGCGCUCACACUGACUCGCCAUGCUUGCGUAUCAAGCCCGUCUCAAAGAAGACCAACGCUGGAUUCUUGCAGGUCGGCGUUGAGACUUAUGGUGGAGGUAUCUGGCAUUCCUGGUUCGACCGCGACCUGUCAAUUGCAGGACGCGUCCUGGUCAAGGACUCGGCCGGCAACUUUGUACAGAAGCUCAUCAAGGUCGACAAGCCCAUCCUCCGCGUCCCCACUCUGGCCAUCCACCUUGAUAGGUCGGCCAAUUUCGACCCAAAUAAAGAAACCGAGUUGUUUCCCAUCUGUGGCCUUGCGGCUGCCGAGCUGAACCGGACCGGAGUGAGCGAGAAGGAAGCAAAGAAGGAGGAGCCACCCGAGGCUGAGGGCGACGGCGAGUUUCAGCCCUUGAAAGCGAUGACCCAGAGACACCACCCAUAUCUUCUGGAGAUCAUUGCACAACACGCCGGAGUUGAGACAGAUGGCGUUAUAGACUUCGAACUAGUGCUGUACGACACCCAGAAGUCCUGCUUCGGCGGUCUCAACGACGAGUUCAUCUUCUCUCCGCGACUCGACAACCUCGGAAUGACGUACUGCUCUGUAUUGGGCCUUAUAGAGUCGGUCAAGUCAGACAGUGCUCUGGACAACGAGUCGUCCAUCCGUUUGAUCACUUGCUUUGAUCACGAAGAAAUCGGCUCCACCUCCGCUCAUGGGGCCAACUCAAACCUUUUGCCCGCUGUGCUUCGGCGUUUGUCGGUCCUGCCCAGAGGCAACUUUUCCGAGUCGGGCUCUGAGAAGUCAUAUGAGCAUGUCAACCCAGACGAUAUCGCGACUGCUUUUGAACAGACCCUUUCCACGUCUUUCUUCGUCUCUGCAGACAUGGCACACUCAGUGAACCCAAAUUAUCAACAGAAGUACGAGUCGAACCACCAACCUGAAAUGAACAAGGGCACGGUCAUCAAGAUCAACGCGAACCAACGUUACGCGACCAACUCCCCUGGUAUUGUCCUCUUGCAGGAAGUUGCCAAGAAGGCAGGCGUGCCUCUCCAGCUCUUUGUGGUGCGAAAUGACAGCUCAUGUGGCAGCACCAUCGGACCAAUGCUUUCUGCGAAGAUGGGUGUGCGCACCCUUGACCUCGGAAACCCGCAGCUUUCGAUGCACUCGAUCCGUGAAACUGGCGGUACAUACGACGUUGAGCAUGGCAUCAAGUUGUUCGAGUCAUUCUUGUCCAACUAUACCGCUCUCGAGUCCAAAAUUCUCGUUGAUUAG